AUGGAUUACUCAGUGAGGAAUGAUGAGACUUUGAUGGUAGGAACAAGAUUGUAUGUUCCUGAGGAUGAGACACUGAAAAGGGAAAUCCUUGAGGAGGCCCACUGUUCAGCCUUUGCCAUGCACCGUGGCAGCACUAAGAUGUAUCGUACUCUGAUGGAACAUUGUGGGUGGCCUUUCAUGAAGAAAGAGAUAGCAGAGUACGUCAAUAAGUGCCUAUUGCAUGAGGCAUUUGAGACCCAACUGCGGUUCAAUACUGCAUUUCACCCCCAGACAGAUGGUCAAUCUGAGAGGAUGAUUCAGACUUUAGAAGAUAUGUUGAGAGCAUGUGCAUUGCAGUUUCGGGGUAACUGGGAUGAGAAAUUGCCAUUCAUGGAGUUUACCUAUAAUAACAGUUUUCAGGCGAAUAUAGGAAUGUCACCAUUUGAUGCCUUGUAA